UAUGGAGGGCUUGUGUGUGCUGAUGAAGCGAUUCGCCUAUCCUUGCAGGUACGGGGAUAUGAUAACCUUAUUCGGAAGACCUGUUCCCGAAAUAUGCAUGAUUACAAAUCAUGUGUUAAACUACAUCUACGAAACUCAUCACCACCGCAUAACUGAAUGGAACAACGGCCUUCUGAGCCCUGACCUCUUAGAAGUUUAUGCAACAUCCAUUCAUCAAAAAGGUGCCCCGUUACAAAACUGUUUCGGGUUCAUUGAUGGAACAGUCCGUCCGAUCUGCAGGCCUAGACAAAACCAGAGGCUGGUUUAUAAUGGGCACAAGAAAGUACAUUCCCUGAAAUUUCAGUCUGUUGUUGUUCCAAAUGGUAUGAUUGCAAACCUUUAUGGACCUGUAGAGGGGAAAAGACACGAUGCUGGUAUGUUGGCUGAGUCAGGACUGCUGCAGACCUUAGAGGCACAAGCUUUCUCAACAAGGGGAGAUCCAAUGUGCUUGUAUGGGGAUCCAGCAUAUCCCUUAAGGGUGCACCUACAGGCACCAUUUCGACAAGGAAAUCUAACCAACCAAAUGCAGAUGUCCAACACCAACAUGAGCGCCACAAGAGUAUCUGUCGAAUGGUUGUUCGGUGACAUAAUAAAUUAUUUUAAAUUCCUAGAUUUUAAAAAAAAUCUAAAAAUUGGUUUGAGUAGCGUUGGUAAGAUGUAUGUUGUUUGUUCCCUUCUUCGAAAUGCAUUGACCUGCAUGUAUGGCAACCAAACAGCUGAGUACUUUGGCUUGGAACCACCUACUCUGGAGGAAUACUUUGCUGUGAAUUAA